UAGCGAUUGGUCUAAUGACGUAAUUUCCGUGUCUACGAACAAUCUUUUCCGGUCUAGCGGGCGCGGAUUUUCGAAAACAGCAACAGGAAAGGUUGUUGAUCAAAAGUCUUGAAGGUAAUCAUGGCAUGCAUUACGGAUGCAGACACUGGGAACUGGUUUAGCACGACGAUGGAGGAUAUUCGAAACAAGCUGCUCAUUCAAGCAACCAGCGAGAUGAUCGAGACUGGGAUAGAUUUGUGUCAAUCCCACAAACAGUUCUUAACAUCUGUUCGUGAUACAUGCUCAAAAAAGAAAAAAGAUGACGAAGUAUUAUUUGAGAGAGUACAUUCUUAUAAAAAAUACUUGGAAGAGAAAAAUGCUUUAGUGAAGGAGAGAAGCCUGUCCGUGUCUCACAGGAUGUCGGAGAUAGAGAGGAAGGAUAGUGAGAAAGGCUGCCUCAUCCAGAAGAUGGACGCUCUGAGAGAGACACAAGCCAAGAGGAAGGAGUUGAUCGUGUCCCAAAACAAGGCAAACAAAGACAGGCUGAAGUACCUCAACAAAGCCAAGCUGGUCUUCCAAGAACGUCUGGGAUUGGAGAUCAGGAAGAUCCAUGGUGACAAGUUGCAGUUCAUCUUCAGAAACAUCAACCACUCAGACCCAGGCUGCACCUACACCUUCAUACUGAGACUCAAGGAGGACGGGUCGUAUGAGAUUGAGUCGACUGAUCCCCUGCUGGCCUGUGUGUCCGCCCUGGAACAGAGGCUGCAGGAAACCAACAACUUACCUGCCUUCCUCGCUAAUGUCCGCAAAGAGUUUGCCGCUUUGCCCAAAACAUAGAACACAAAAGCCUUUGUGUGUCGCAGGAGUCUUUUACAAUAUCGGAGCAGUUUUCCGUUUGGUGUCUCUUGCUUUUACAGUGUCAGUCGUUGAUGUGUCUGUUUUGUGUUUCUUGUUUUAAUAUUAUAACGUAGCCUUUCUUUAGUUUUUUUAGAUGGUGUCUAUCUACUGUUGCACUCUGCUUUCUUUAAUGCUGCGGGCCUUAGAUAUUUUUAACACUUUUAUAUUUGUGUAUUAAAGCUAUUAAAUAACAGCAC